CGCAACAUCAGCAACCGACAUUGACAGCCGAUCGCUCCCCUUCCCUCUCAUCAUGCCGCUCAUAGUAUUGACCGGCUAUCCCUGCUCCGGCCUCACCUACCGCGCCAACCAACUCGCAACGCAGCUCGAAGAAACCCAAACCGAGCUCUUCAACACCGGCGCUCUUCCCUCCACGAAACCCCGCUACAAGAUCCACGUCGUACCUACUCAUGAUCCCUCUCAUCCGCGAACCGUCUACGACCAUGCCCGCACAGAAAAGGAGACCCGAGGCGUGGCGUAUGCGCGGGCGAAGCGCGCCCUCGGCAAGGACAGUUUCGUGAUCCUCGACGGAAUGAACUACAUCAAAGGAUACCGGUAUCAGCUGUGGUGUGAAGCGAAGGCACUAGGGACGACAUGUUGUGUGGUCCACGUCGGCACCCCCAUCGACCAAUGCGUCGCAAACAACGAGGCACGCCUCCGCCGUCAAAAGAACACAAACAACAAUAACAACGACGAGAACACUCCCCAGUCUGACGCCGAAGCGACUCCAUCCACCACCGAACCCACCUCCGACCAAGAAGACCCCUACCCCCCGGAACUCCUCAACAACCUCAUCUUCCGUUACGAAGAACCCAGCAUCCACAGCCGCUGGGACAAGCCUCUCUUCACCGUCCCUUGGACCGAUACUUCCCCCCCGAUCGCCGAAAUCUGGACAGCCCUAACCGGCAUCCCACACCCUUCAGCAACAACUACCGCCGACCCCAACACCACCGUAUCAACCCUCACCUCAGCCCUCAACAAUACUAGCCUCUCCUCAGCAGCAAGCACCACCACCACAGCAAACAAUCCCUCUACAUUCCGCACCAACCGCCCCAAAAUCAAACCCCACCAAGCAACCGCCCUCCCCGCCGCAACAGACUCCACAGCCCUCUACAACAUGGAAAAGCGCACCUCAGCCAUCGUCUCCGCCAUCCGCAGCUUCACGCUCUCCAACCCCUCCGCUGAAGCCGCCCUCGCGCAGUGCCAAGAUGGCAGCAGCAGCAGCGGUAAUGGGCGGGGAAUUAGCAUUCCCGUCCCGGAGGCGUCCAUGCCCGUUUACGUUCCGGCGCAUGUGGCCACGUCCGGCACGACGGAUGAAUUAGCCGGCGCAGGCGGCAUUCUGGCGCUCCCGAGACUGCAGAGGCUGAGGAGGCAGUGGAUUGCGUUAAAUCGGGCGUAUGUGCAGGGGGCGCAUGCAUCGAGUAAGGGCGGAUUGACGGCGGAGCAGGUGCCGGAUGCUUUUGUGAGGUUUUUGAAUGCGGAGUUUGGGGCGGAGAGCGAGUAAUCGCAUUUUUUCAAAAGUCCUGUUAUUGAUUUGUGGUUCGUUUUGUGAUGAGGGUGGUGGGUUUUGUUGGGACAUGUUCUCUUGUUAAGAGGGAGUCGUUAAGGUGAAGACUUGCUUAUAGUGAUGUGAUAGAGACGGGUGGGAAAAGUUUACCAUAGAAGCGUGUGUUUUUGCAAGUAUUUAGAGAGCGUCAUUUUCAUUAUAGCUUACUGCAAAUAAC